GCAUACAAUUUGUUUGUCAAUAAAAGUGGAAAAUUCCUGGUUUCUAUUUUUUAAUACAAACCUGAAAUCAUUUUUCCUAUUCUAAAAGUUAAAUUGUGAGGCCAUCAUUUAACUAAUAUUUCUGUGAUCUUACAGAAAUGCUACAGGAGAAGGCCUCAGCUGUGGCUGAUGAAGGUAUGACCGUGGCCCAGUUGGGUGGGCGUCCUGAGCUUGCCAGUGAUUCCUCACAUUUAAGCCUGCCUACAACUCCCAGCAUUCCCCAGAACAAUGAGCCUGACCAGAACAUUGAAAACAUCAAAGUGGUUCUUCACGACAGGGAACUAUGGAAGAAGUUCCACGAGGCCGGAACCGAGAUGAUCAUCACCAAAGCAGGCAGGCGGAUGUUCCCCAGCUACAAAGUUAAAGUCACAGGAAUGAACCCAAAGACCAAAUACAUCCUAUUAACGGACAUCAUUCCAGCUGAUGACCAUCGGUACAAGUUCUGUGACAACAAGUGGAUGGUGGCAGGAAAAGCAGAGCCAGCCAUGCCUGGAAGACUCUACGUCCACCCAGACUCUCCUGCAACAGGGGCCCACUGGAUGAGACAGCUGGUCUCCUUUCAAAAGCUGAAGCUCACAAACAACCACCUUGAUCCUUUUGGGCAUAUCAUCUUGAACUCAAUGCACAAAUACCAGCCCAGGUUACACAUUGUGAAAGCUGAUGAGAACAAUGCCUUUGGCUCUAAGAACACAGCCUACUGUACUCAUGUCUUCCAUGAGACAGCUUUCAUCUCUGUUACAUCCUAUCAGAACCAUAAGAUCACCCAGUUAAAAAUUGAGAACAAUCCUUUUGCCAAAGGUUUCCGUGGCAGCGACGAGGGCGAUUUGCGUGUGUCCAGACUUCAAGGGAAAGAUUACCCUGUGAUUUCUAAGAACAUGGUCCGGCAGCGGCUUAUCUCAUCACAUGGCCAUCUGUCAGGAAAACUGGGUACAGGUGUGCUGAGUAGCCACCCACAGGUGGUUUCUCACUAUCAGUAUGACAGUGGCGUCGGCCUGCCGAAUAGUGAUACCCAGGAAGCUCUCUCCCACUCCUUCCCAUCUAGCAGGGAAUCAAGCCUUCUUUACCACUGCUUCAAGCACAGAGAUAACACAAGGCAUUUGGACCUGGGAUGCAAACGACCCUAUAUUGACACAACAGCCUCUGCGGUUUCUGAGGAGCACUACUUCCGCUCCCCUCCUUCAUACGAUCCACCUCUGCUGUCCCAUCCAUACUGCAGUGAGGCUUUAGGUUCUAGAGAGGCAUGCAUGUAUGGAGGAAUGGAGGGAGAGGCAGGGGGCGCAGUGGGUACAGAUGACCUCCCGGCCCCGUCACUGAACUGCAAUAUGUGGGCGUCAGUGCAGCCGUAUCCUCGCUACGGCAUGCAAACUGUGGAGUCUAUGCAAUACCAACCCUUCACUGCCCACUUCAACAGCACAGCCUCCGCGGUUCCCCACCACUCAUCGUCCAUGCAGCGUCCACAUCCAGCACCUCCCGAACUAGUCACGUUUACCACACAGCGGGUGUUGCCACCGACGGCAUCUUCAGCGUCCUCCUCCCCCUCCGGCCCUGCCCCCCGCGACAGAGCACAUUCCUCGCUGUUUCAUAGGAGGCCUGGAUCGCCAUUACGUUCACAAAGGGAUUUCACAGGCUAUCCGAACCAUAGCCCUACUUCGACACGAGAACCAGCCUAUCAGUACCAAACAGGGCUGAGCAGUGUUGGGCCUCACUGGACUGACAGUUAAAGAGCCACCAUCUACAACUAUAUUCCUCUUCAGUUUAGAGAAACAAACUCUCUCUGAACAACAACUGCAAUGAGAUUAUUUUUACAGCCGUGAUGCUAAAUUGUAAAGCAAAGCCAUAAAUCUAUUUAGCCUCAUAGUAUAGAAAGCCCACAAUUUGUGGCACUGUAUAUUUAUUUGAAUUUGAGAGAGCUGCAGUUCAUGCGCAGGUGGUGAAGCCAAGCACAAACAACCUACUUAAUGCACUGUUGUUGGCAUUAAAGAGAUUCAUCCAAAAAUGAAAAUUCUCACUCUCAUGUCGUUCCAAAGUUCUUCCGUGGAACACAAAGGAAGAUUUUUUUUUUAUUUUUUUUUUAAAUGGGUAAGCUGCUUUUGUCCAUAUAUUGUAGCGAAAGUCAAUGGGUGUCCAAAGAACACAAUUGACUUGCACAGAACAUGAUAUUAUUUUUCAAAAUAUCUUUUUUUGGGAAUAAAGUGUCAUACAAGUUUGGAAUGACUUGAUGGAGAGUAAAUAGUAGGGGCUUUCGCACCAGAGGAACCUUUUCAUAGUUCCUAGAACUAUUGUCGAAAGUACCCGGAUUUUGCCGUGUUCGCACAGCAGGAACUAGGAACUAUUUUAGUUCUAAGAACUCCUUUUGGGGGAACUAAAUGAGCUCCUAUUUAAGAGUAGGGUCUAACCAGCACUAUAGGAACUACCAGUGACGUAAGUGUAUGUUGAUUGGCCAGACGUAUGCGAAACACCAGCACCCGCCAUUUUUAAAAAAGCAGUGUACACACAGUUUAUAGCCUAUAUAUUUACUCCACAAACUAACUCUAUGAACAUGGAAAACAAUGAUAGAUGGACCUCUCAAGUUAAGGAGAAAAUCCAACGCAACUUUGAGGGGACCAAAUGAAACAUGAUUGUAUUUCUGCUCAGCUAGUGACACUGGACAUCAAUCACAUGGCAAACGCUACUGUUUUUUCAUAUACUGUCUUCUUUCUCUGUAUAACAGUUCUAUCUAAUAACACAGAUAUUAGACAGGCUGUUAAAGAAAUCGUAAACUAAUGAAGACGGAGAAUGUGAGCAUUGAGUGCUCAGGCUCUGGCAUUCUCAGCGCUGUCAAAAUAAAAGUCGCAUCACCGUCAAAACAAAAGUCACAACAACAAGCGCCGCUUACGUCACUUCACAGUUCCUACUGGCAGUGCGAUGCAACCAGGAAAACGGCCCUAGGGGAACUAUUAGUUAUCGGAGAACCACCCUGGUGGCUAGUUCCUAGAAUUAAGUUCCUAGAACUACCCGGUGCAAAAGCCCUAAUGACAGAAGUUUCAUUUUUGGGUGAACUUUCCCUUUAAGAAGAACCUUUUCAGUGCUGAAUUUUUGUAUAAAGCACAAAAUGUGUAUGUGCCAACUGAAUUUUGCUACACUUGGGAGAUUUUUUUUUUUUUUUUUUUUUUGUAUUGGGUGCAAAAAGUCAGUGGAUUAUAUUGAGAAGUUAAGUUGUUAGUUAACCUAAACAGACUUGGUUAUUGUUGCUGCCUUUUUCCCUUUUGAAAUGUUAGAGUGUGCAAAACCUAUGCCAAGUCCAAAGACUGACUGGAGUUAUUUGCUGGGUGUUAUUAAGAGAUCCUUAUUAUUUCCUAAUAAUGCAAUAAAGUUUUAAACAAAACAAACAAACAAACAAACAAACAAAAAAACUGUAUCCCCCCCCAUUUUAUAUAUUUUGAACUUAUCUGGAAUUGCUAAUGUACUGAUGCUAUGCAAUUGCUACUAUCUUUGUAAUAAAAUCACAACAAUGAAGCUAUUAAAUAUACACGUCUUCCAUAAUCAAUAAGUAAUAAAACUUAUAUUUGUGGUAAAAAAACAAACAAAAUAUAGACAAAUCUUCAUCUUAUUGGUCUUGGAUUGGGUCUUAUACUUUUCCACCAUCUUUGUUGGACUGUGUCUGCAAAUGGAUUGUAGAGCUGGUUGAACAAUAUGGGCAAGAACCAAAGUGUUUGAGUUGUGAGUUCGGCACAAAAUCAUUGUCUAAAUUUGUUCAAUUAGUGCAAUGCGACAUCAGAGAAGUUCCAUGCAACCAGAUGGAAGCUUAAAGAACGAUCAUUAAGAGAAGAACAGAGUUUAGCAUCAUUGGCUGAGUUGGAAAAUCCUUAAGAGAUCGACAAUGUAAAACAGCCUUCGUGGGCAGGCAGCCACAAGUCAAAUUCAAAAAGGAUGGGGUAUUACUGGUAAGCACUGCGGUUCUAAUGAAGGAAAACAGGAUGUGUUAAGAGAACUUAUAAUGGUGAAAUUACUCUCACUGUCAUUUAAGUUGACAAAUCUGACAAAGAAUUCACCAUGUAACUAAUUUUCUCCAUAAGUAUUUCAGUUGUUUGCACACAUUGACUAAGCUGUACCUUUUUUAUUCUCUAAUGAGUUAAUUUAACAUAACUAACAACAUUUAAAUAAUGAUGUACAGUCAACACUCAAAUUUCAACUCAACUCUAUGUUAGAUGAUAAAAUUCCAGGUGUGGUUUUUGUGAUAUUUGUGUUAUUAAUGUUAUUGAGGUGUGUUUGCCUUGUUGUCAAGCUGUUACUCAACUAGACUGAAAAUUUCUAAUUAUCUGCAUUAUCUAACAGAUUAAUUACAAAAUAAUGUUAAUUUUAAUAUAUCAGUUAUCAGCCAUAACAAUAAUAAUAAUAAUAAUAAAAGAUUGCUGAAUUUUGUUUUGGUUCAAAUCUUUUUUAUAACGAUGCAUCACUUGAAAUAUGCUAUA